CCGCUGUCUCCUACGCGGCUUCUCGGUGUGGCUGUAACCGCCCGGCAUUGAAGGGGAGGAGGCAAGAGCGCGGGGCGGGGAAGAGGGCGGCCUGGAGCGGUGCGGCUCGUCUUUGCCCAAAGCUCCGGUUCCCGCGGCCCUUCACGGGGAAGGGGCGGGUGGGGCUUACGGAAAGGUAAAGGAAGGCAGCAGCAGCUGCCUCGCCGCGGCCCCUGGACGAUCCGUGCCCGGCGGGCAUCUGCGCUCGCCCUGGGGCGGCUUCUGUUCCUUGGACUCUGGGCGUGGGGAGUGAGGGAAGGAAGGAGCCUGAGUCGGUUCCGGGACCCAGUAGCCCCUCACAGCCGUGGAAGGGGGGGGAGAGGAGAAACACCCCCCCGCCCCGUCCCUAUUAAGGCGCUCCGGUAUUGCAGCAGGCUGGCCCGCAGGACCAGAGAAUAAACAUGGGAACUCCUGGAUCAGGACGGAAGAGAACCCCAGUGAAAGACAGGUUUUCCGCAGAAGAUGAAGCCCUGAGUAACAUUGCCAGAGAGGCGGAAGCCAGGCUUGCAGCCAAAAGGGCAGCUCGAGCAGAAGCAAGAGAUAUACGUAUGAGAGAGCUGGAGCGACAGCAAAAAGAGUCUUCUCAGCAUUCAUAUGAUAGAAAAUGGGCUCAUAUCCAGAAAUGGAUGGAAGAUUCAGAGAGGGCCAGGUAUUCUCACCGGUCCAGUCGACAUUCAUAUUUGAGUUCUUUGGAUGUCAGUGGGUCUCACAGGAGCAGAGCAAGUACCUCCAGAAGGAGAGAUCUUGUGUAUGACAGUACUAAGGAUAUAUCUUCAAGAUACUCGGUCCCUAGUCAUGCUUACAGUGAAUCUCAUAGUUCAAAGAAGAAAGCUGCUUAUUCACGUAAAGACUUAUUGAGUGGAAUUUACUAUGAUCAAAGAAAUUAUAGCAGCCUUAGACAUAGUAAACCAGUUCCUUCCUACCAUACUCGGUCAUCUUCUCUAUACAGUGAUCCAGUGGCAACAACUAGGAGUUACAGGGUGUCUCCUUCUGUAAACACUGGUUUGAUAAGAAGUAUCAGUUUGGCAUCUUUGUAUGGUGAUGGAUUAUAUAGCUCAUAUAGUUCUCGCACUCCAUCUGAAUACAGUUAUUCUUCAAGAGCAAGCUCAAUUCGAAGUAGUCCUAUGUCUUCUGAUUUUUCUGAUCAAAGUGAAACUGCUGCUGACUAUUUUAGUCGUUCCAACCGCAGGGGAAGCGUUGUUUCCGAUGCAGAUGACAUCCAAGAUUUGAAUAGUCUAGAAGAAAAGAGUGAAAAAUCACAUUCAGAAAUAUUUUCAAGGCCAUCAUCUCGCAACUCAAUAAGUGCAACUCCUCUGAGCGGCAACUCAUCUAGGAGAGGAAGUGGAGACACAAGCAGUUUGGUGGAUCCGGAUGCAUCCCUCAGUGAAUUACGGGAUAUCUAUGAUCUUAAGGACCAGAUACACGAUGUAGAAGGGAGAUACAUGCAGGGACUUAAAGAACUAAAGGAUUCGCUAGCUGAGGUUGAAGAGAAGUACAAGAAAGCUAUGGUUUCCAAUGCUCAACUAGACAAUGAGAAAAACAACUUAGUUUACCAAGUGGAUACUCUAAAGGACGUCAUUGAGGAGAAAGAAGAACAGAUAGCAGAGUUCUAUAGGGAGAAUGAAGAGAAGUCAAAGGAAUUGGAAAGACAGAAACACACGUGCAGCGUUCUACAGCAUAAGCUGGAUGAACUUAAAGAGGGCCUUCGACAGAGAGAUGAAUUGAUAGAGGAGAAUCAACGCAUGCAGCAGAAUAUAGACUCCAUAACCAAAGAGGUGUUUGAUCUUCAGGAGACAAUUAAUUGGAAAGAUAAAAAAAUAGGGGCCCUAGAAAGACAGAAAGAUUACUUUGACUGCAUUAAGAAUGAGCGAGAUGAGCUCAGAGAGGAGUUGGCUGACCUGAAGGAAGCAAUGACGAGAGGAGAGAAACAUGGAUUAGUUAUAAUUCCAGAUGGCACACCAAAUGGUGAUGUAAACCAUGAAUCAGUGGUUGGUGCAAUAACAGUUGUAUCACAGGAAGCUGCUCAAGUCUUGGAAUCUGCGGGAGAAGGACCACUAGAUGUCCGGCUACGAAAACUGGCUGGGGAAAAGGAGGAAUUGUUGUCCCAGGUUAGAAAACUGAAGAUGCAGUUGGAAGAAGAGCGACAGAAAUACUCUAAAAGUGAUGGCAUGAAUACAGAUAUCAUGGGCUUAGAGAAUGGUUCUGACUUGCAGCUAAUUGAAAUGCAGAGAGAUGCCAACAGACAAAUUAGUGAAUACAAAUUUAAGCUUUCGAAAGCUGAACAAGAUAUAACUACCUUGGAACAAAACAUUGGACGACUUGAGGGGCAGGUUGCAAGGUAUAAAAAUGCAGCAGAAAAUGCAGAAAAAGUAGAAGAUGAACUCAAAGCUGAAAAGAGGAAGCUUCAGCGAGAGUUAAGAACAGCACUGGAUAAGAUAGAAGAGAUGGAGAUGACCAAUAGCCACUUAAUGAAAAGACUGGAGAAGAUGAAGGCAAAUAGGACUGCGCUUUUAUCUCAGCAGUGAAGCGGAAAUCAAAAAUAUGAUGCACUGCUCCUUGAAUAACUAGCCCCUAGCUUGUUUUUUGGAUACAGACUUUCAUUGGCACAAACUAUUUGAACACUGAGUUGUUCAUAGCUGGUUUGGUUUCAUAAUUAAAUGGCAUACUUCUUUUUGUAACUUAUGAGAGAAUGAAAUGUAGUUUGAAUUCCCACAUGAAUGACAGCAAUUUUUCUGUAGCCUUUGAUUCUAGAGUCAGAGCUGGAGCACAACGCUGUAUGUUCAACUUAGCGGUAGCAAAUGUUUUUACAACUGUGGAAUCAAGUUUACUCACGAUCUCUUUGGGCUGCUUUAAUGAUGCUUGAUGCUUGGAGACAGCUGCAUGAAUUCAAGACGACACUGUUUUACUGUAUUAUAGACUAACAUAUUUGCUCAAGACAUCACACAGCACAAGUGCCUUUUAUCUGGUGCAAUUCUAGACUUCAUUGUUGAAAUAACCUUUGAAAUCAGAUAACAUUUUAUUUUAAGAUACAUUUGGGGUAUUCACUAAACUUUAUACAUUUUGAAAAUGCAUUUUUGUAAAAUAUUUAAAUUUAUAAGAAAAGAAUAGGGACUGUAUAUAAAAAUCUGCUUUUUUGCAUGAGCACAUCUGAGUUCCUAGGUAAUUUUGUCAAAAACUAGUCCUGAUACUCUUACUAUUAAGAGUGCAGAUUUAAAGAAUUAUGUUGUACACCAUGAAAUUAUGUCAUCUGCUGCUUAUGUGUGAAUUGAAAUUUUAGGGUGGGAGGAAGGGGGUGGGAAAUGUGGCUAAGGAAUUUAUUAAAUGGACACUUGACUGACUGAAA